AUGCGAUUAAAUUCAGCGAGACCAAAAGAGUUGGAUAAUUGGACGUAUCAAGCACGAAAUGCGGUGCUGUUCGACAUCGAAGAGAAGCCGUUGACCAUGCAAGAGCAUUUCGAGAGACAAAAGAUGAAUCAACGACAGAUCAAUAAACAAGCGACUCGAUUCACCGAGGAUGCAUACCCGCAUUCUCGUCCAAAUUCAAUGCAACGCGCAUCAAUUCUGAGUUCGUCGAAUCAGCCCGGAAAAGUGGAUAUUAGUGGUCAAGAAAUUAAUCAAGGAAAACACGGCGAUUUCGAUCUUGUCGUUACACCGUCACCUGCACCUGGAGUAGACGAUUCUCCAUUCAUGACUUGGGGUGAGAUUGAAGGGACGCCAUUCCGACUGGAUGCAUCUGACAUGCCAAUGACUGGAGCUGACGGUAAUGCUCCUACUUUUAAGAUACCUGAGGUACCGAUCCGAGAGAAGAUCGCGCAAGAAAUGACCGAAACAAUAGCGAAACGAUAUCGUGAUAAGAGAAAGGCAGCCAUACGACAAAUUGAAAAACAUGCGAGGACACCUCGAUUCGGAUCGACGCACAGCACUGAUCGCCUGUUGUCGAUGUCACCUGCAGCAAUGCGUCUUGCGACGAAGGGACUUGGAAUACGACUCAAUUCAGACAAGGCUCUCAAAGCCAGUUAUACACCGUCACCAACAAGGUAUAUUUUCGAAUAUUCUUGA